AUGGAUCCGGAACUCUUACGUCAACGUGCUGCUUUUCAAAAACAUGCUGCCAGAACGGUGUCAGUACAGCAGCGUUCUCAAAUACAGUUGCCGUCUCCUUCAGCCAGUCACACGACUUACAAUGCAGAAGCAGCGAAGAAAAAGAAGAAACCAGUAGUGCAGCAAAAUUCGAAACGCAAGAGGUCAGGUGGUUUUCACGCUCCAGAAUUCGACUUCAAGACUACGGUUUCCCAUAGCAAUGCCGCUAAUUUCGGUACCAUGGCAAAAAUCGUGGACUACAUGAAGAAACGACAUCUGAGUCAGCAACAGUGGCCAUUGUCUUUACAAGAAAUUUUGGACGAAUUGCAAGUGUACGAUCUGCCGAAAAGGUCGGAAGCCUGGCUGAGAGAGGUAUGA